AUGUUGAUGUUAUCAGAUGAGCUCCGCAACGAGAAUUCUCAAAUCCAUACCCGCAAUGCUGCUGGUCUUGCACUCAAAAAUGCUCUCUCUGCCUGUGAUUCAACAAGGCAAGACGAGUACUCUGCAAGAUGGAUGGCCCUCGAUGUCGAUGCUAGACAAAAGAUCAAAGAGGCAUCCCUUUUAACUCUUGCAUCUCCUCAACCAAGAGCAGGUGCUGUGGCUGCCCAAGUCGUUUCUGCGAUCGCAGCCGUAGAGUUACCUGUCGGCCAAUGGCCAGAUCUCGUUGAAAUUCUUCUCGGUUUUAUCAACACGUCUGAUGACACGAACUUGAAGAUCGCCACUUUGCAAGCUAUUGGUUACAUCUGUGAAACUAUAGUCUUGGCAUUGAGGUCGAAUGAGAUUUUGACGGCUGUAAUUCAUGGCGCUCGCAAGGAGGAGUCAUCGUCGGAAGUACAGCUUGCUGCGGGAGAGCGAAACUACAUCAUGCAGGUCGUCUGCGAAGCUACCCAGAACCCGUCAGUAUCAGUCCAAGUCGGCGCUUUCGAAUGUUUAGUGAAGAUUAUGGCACUGUACUACGACAAGAUGGCAUUUUAUAUGGAACAGGCUUUGUUUGGCCUUACUGUGAUGGGCAUGAAACAUUCUGAUGAACGGGUCGCACUGCAAGCCGUAGAGUUCUGGACCACUGUAUGUGAGGAAGAGAUUGAACUCGCCCAUGAGGCACGAGAGUCCAAGCAUUUUGCCAAGGUUGCCCUGCCGGAAGUAAUCCCGGUUCUUCUUAAUCUCCUCCUAGGGACCUUGGGCGCAGACCCUUUCCCCUGCUCCAACGCCGACGAAGGUGAAUGGAACCUUGCCAUGAGCGCCGGUACUUGUCUCAACUACAUGGCUCAAGCCGUAGCAGAUGCAAUUGUUCCCGCUGUCAUCCCCUUCAUCGAGGCACACAUCAAGGCGCAAGACUGGCACCAGCGCGAAGCAGCCGUAAUGACGUUUGGCUCUAUUUUGGAGGGUCCUGAUCCCCAGGUUCUCACCCCUCUCGUCAACCAGGCGCUUCCCCUUCUGAUCGGCAUUAUGAACGAUGAGAAUCUGCAUGUGAAAGAUACAACAGCAUGGACACUCGGACGAAUCUGCGAUCUUCUAAUUAUAACGAUCAAGCCCGACGUGCAUCUUCAUCCUCUAAUCUCGGCACUCGUCAACGGCCUUUCAGAUCGCCCGCGCAUCAUCGAAAUAUACCUCGACGAAUAUAUCACUUCUGCCUCCGAGAGCCCGCUCUCACCAUAUUUUGAGGGGAUAGUAAGCGCCCUUCUGCGGGUUACCGAGACGACCGCGAACGAAUCCAACUUCCGAACCUCUGCAUAUGAAGCCAUCACGUCCUAUGUAUCCCAUUCAACUACAGAUUGUAUUCCUGUGGUGCAAAACACCGUCAUUGCUAUUUUGCAGAGAAUGGAACAACUUCUGAACAUGCAGAACCAAAUCGUCGGCAUUGACGACCGCAAUAACUGGAAUGAGCUACAGAGCAAUCUCUGCAGUGUUGUCAUCAGCAUUAUUUGGAGGCUCAGCGGAGGCAUUCAACCAAUGGCAGAUCGAAUCAUGACCCUCGUUCUCCAGCUUAUCCAAGGAGCAGGAAAGACAUCAACAGUGCUUGAAGAUGCUUUCCUGGUUGUUGGAUCGCUAGCUGCCGCAUUGGAAGCUGGAUUUGCACCAUACAUUCAAGCUUUCUUGCCAUUCCUGUAUCCCGCCCUCAAAGCACAUGAAAAUACCCAGCUGUGCAUGGUUGCUGUCGGCAUCAUCAGAGAUAUCCCACGUGCACUUGGCGAUCAGAGCGCCCAGUACGCAGGCGCGUUCAUGAACGUUUUACUAGAGAACCUGCAGAGCAACGUUCUUAACCGCAAUGUCAAGAUAUCAGUACUAUCUUGCUUUGGCGAUAUCGCGCUCGCUAUUGGACCUGCUUUUGAUCCUUAUUUGAAUACAACCAUGGACGUGCUGAGACAAGCGGGCUCUGUGCAACCUAAUCCUGAAGGAAUUCUAGAGGCAUACACUGGGGUUGUCACUGGAUUCAAGAAUACCGAGAAAACACCCGCACUACUACCUCACGUACCCAGUAUCCUCGAGCUCGUCCACCAAUGUCUAGCAGACGAGGAGAGAUCCGAUUCCAUUGUGAAACUCUCCUUUGGCCUCAUCGGUGACCUCGCAGACUGUUUCCCCAAUGGCCAGAUCAAAGAACACCUGCUAGAAGAAUGGAUUGCACAUGAAUUCCGUAGUAAGCGCGGUAUGCAGCAAGAGACGAAGAAGACGCUGUGGUGGGCACGUGAAAUGAUCAAACGUGCGGCCGGAUUGGCCUCUUGCGCAUCGGCUGGAUCGUGUUACAGUGACUACGUGAGCCCCCAGCUACACGACCUGCCCUCUGCCACCUUGCACGGCAACGAUACGACACGAUACCCGGGCCCUUGGGCCUUGAUGAUAGAUAACGAACAGAUGACAAAAUAG